AUGUUACAGGCAUUAGACAACUCCGAACAUCAGGCCAAUGUUCAAGACUAUGAGGUCAGGGGCUGUGUCUUUGACCUGUGUGUGGAAGCCGAAAACAAUGCUGUGCUGUGUCGGCACCUGGAGCAGUACGCGCUGGUCUGUCAGGAGAAUGGGAUCACUUUGGAAAACUGGAGAGCGCAGACGCCUUGUGAGAUGCAGUGUCCCCCAAACAGCAAGUACAGCAGCUGCAUGACUGCGUGCCCAGAUUCCUGCAGCAACCUGGCAGCCUCCUCCGAGUGCGAGUCGCCCUGUGUCGAAGGCUGCGAAUGCCUCCCUGGAUACAUUCUCAGUGGCUAUGACUGCGUGCCCUACAAGGAGUGUGGCUGCAGCUUCCUCAACUCAUAUUAUAAGACUGGAGAAACGUUUGUGACCGAUGACUGCUCUCAGACUUGUGAGUGCACAGCUAGUUCCAGCGUUGCCUGUACUAGGGCAGCGUGUUCCCGCAGCGAGAUCUGUGCCAUCGCUAACUUCACGCGCGGAUGCUACUUACCUGGCCCAUGUCUGCAGAAUCUUUGCGAGAAUGGUGGGACUUGUAUUGAGGAUACAAGCGAAUCCAACAACAGCUCUUCCAACUUCAGUUGUGCGUGCCCUGAUGGAUACGAGGGGCCUCUCUGUGAGGCUGAAACACCAGGACCAGCGUCGUGGUCCCCUUGUGGUCAAUGGGAGGUCUUGAUGGAGGCGUUCCAGCCAAAUGGCAUAUUCACAUUAACGAAUGGCUGCUUAGUAGAACGGCCUGUCGCCAUUAGCGGGGCUCGCAGUGCCACACCCUGCUGGAGUUAG